AUGUCUAGGAUAUCAUUUGAUCCCAAUUUAAAAGAAUGGCCGUUAAGAUGUUUCGACCGAUCUUGUGCUAGAAUUUGUGUUAUGGGAGACAUCGGAGUUGGUAAGACUUCGCUAAUAUUGCGAUGGCUAAGAGGUGUAUUUGAACAUUUUGAACAAGGUGCUUAUAGUGAGGAUUUAUAUCAUCGAAGUUUGCUUAUGCAUGAGUUGCAUAAGAAAAAUGGUAUGGAGGAGGAUGAUUUUAUUGAUGAAGGCGAUGAUAAUUUGAAAAAAUACUCGGCAUUGGAUGUUCAAAUUUUGGAUUGUGAUUAUGUGGAUAUGACGUAUGAUAGUGUGGAACUUGUAACUGCUCAGAUUAAACAGUGCGAUGCGUUUGUGUUGUGCUUUGAGCCGACGAGCCGGGAAUCGUUUGAAAAUCUAAACGGGUUGUUCCAUAAGAUAGUGGAAAACGCGGAGAACCCAUCGAUUACGAUUUGUUUAACCAAGAGUGAUUUGUAUUUGGAUUCUGAGAUCAAGAUUGAUGAGGUGGCCGAGCGGUUGGGGGCUUUGGGUUAUUCUAUGGAUGACGAUUAUGAGGAAGUUUCCGCCAAGACUGGUGAAAAUGUUGAUCAACUCUUUUAUUCUGUAUUGAGGAAGAUUUCUCAAUACAAGAAACAGGCUAGAAUGGCAUAUAGAAAGCAGGCUGUAGAGACUGGCGAGGUGCAGGACGCUACGCCAUCAUUACUACAGUCUACUCCUUCGCCCUCGCCUUCGCUGCAAAGUGCGAAAUUAACCGCGCCCGCUAGAGUUGCAGCUCCGAGAUCAGUGGCGGCAAGACCUGAUGAGGAGGAAAAGCACAAGCAAAAGAAUGCAUGUUGUGUAAUAUGUUAA